AUGAUUUGAUUUGUGCAGAAGUCAGAAUGGAACCACCAGAUAGCAUUACAUCGAGACAGAGUCAUGGGUCUGAAGUGGAGUAUCUCAUCAGAGACUCGUGUGAUUUCAUUGGUUCGUCUGAAAUAUUCUGUGCUGUUUUGCGUUGAGUGCUACAUCAGUUUUUAAACUGCUAGUAUACGUAACGCAAGUGUUAUAAUAUUCUCAGCUUUCACAAUGAAGUUUAAAUAACAGAAACUACCCCCCACUCCACUCCACGUUGUAGAUAGCUACACUCAUGUGUUCAGUUUUCAGUUCCAAGAGUGAAAUAUUUCCUGCAAGAUGUAUGCAAAACUGUGAUAUUCUUACCUUUUAUGUCACUGUGCUCUUAUUUUAGAUGACUCACUAUCUGAAAAACUCUCCUCUUCAUAUGGAGCAGUUGACCCAUUGAGACGGAGCAACACAAUUAUCACAAUGGGUGAGUUUGAUCAGUUCUCAGCCCACACCGUGUGUCCCUUCUGCAAAGAGGAGACAGAGACUGUACUAAGGCACCACACUGGGUCUGCCACUUUCAAGUGCUUCAUACUUCUGGUGUUGCUUACCUGUGGACUGUUGGCCUGCCUCCCAUUUCUACUGAAAGAUUUCAAGGACGUUGACCAUGUGUGCCAGCACUGCGGCAAGAUUAUUGCCACCUACAAGAGAAACUUUAUUAGUAGAUAAAAUCAUGUGGUGUGUGUCACUCUUCUCUCAACUAAACUAAAUUUUUGUUUUUGGUAGUGGAUCUAUUGCUAUUGAGAAAGGUCUUUGAUCCAAUGUCAGUGAGUGAGGAAUCAAACCCUCAGUCAGGACACUGUCAAUUGCAGCCAU